GCGGGGCAUGGACCCCCCCGAGAACCCUCCGGGCCUCCCUGCUCCUUCCCCACCGCUCGCUUUUGGGCCCUGACUCCUUGUGGGCAUCUGGGCCCCAAUAGUCUGCGUGGCGGUGGUUGUGGGGUCCUGGCCGCCGCAGCGUGCGCACCCUGGCCGGGAACGGUGUGCGACCCGCGUCCAGCCUAUAGCACCUGGCCCAGAGGCCGCGGUGAAGCGCGGGACCUGGGACCCUCCGAGCCCCCGGCCCUCUGAGCUGAGGUCCAGGGUUAUUUUGAUGUUUCAGGACCUUAAGAGCGAGACCUCGCUAGAACCCAAUAGAACAGGUGACAUUUGUAGUGUGAAUUCUUUGAGGAGUCUCCAGGUAUUUCGCUGUUUUCCUUAGUGUCUAUUCUGAUUUUCAUUUACAGUGUAUGAGUUCCCUUUUCUCCAAAACCAUACCCGUGUUCCUUUUUUUUUUUUUUUCAUUUGGAGACAAUCUCGUUCUGCCCCGGCCAGAGUGCAGUGGUGCCAUCUGGCCUCACUGCAACCUGCGCUCCCGGGUUCAAGCAAUUUUCCUGUCUCAGCCUCCUGAGUAGCUGAGACUACAGGGGCCCGCCACCACGCCAGGCUGAUUUUUGUAUCAGUAGUAAAGACGGGGUUUCUCCAUAUUGAUCAGGCUGGUCUCCAACUCUUGACCUCAGGUGAUCUGCUGCUUCAGACUCCCAAAAGUUCUGGGAUUACUGGCGUAAGCCACCGAGCCUGGCCUCUCCUAUUUUUGAGAAACUUUCUAGGGAUAUUUAAUAAGUGUGAGAUUAUCUGUGUGUGGGUUUCAAUUAAACCACACACAGUUAAUUAACUUUGUUGGAUAGUUAAUUUUGAGGACCUUUUAUCUGUUGUUCGAUUUUCUGUCGCAGAAUUGUCUGUUCAGGUCCUUUGCGAAAUAUUAGAUUGUUUUGCUACUUUGUAGUGUUUUUUUGUGUACACCUUAGAUGACAACUCAUGAAUUACAUGACUACCUGAAAUUUUUGCCUAAUCUAUAGGAUGCUUUUUUAAUUUGGAAGGUAGUUUCUUUGCCGUGCAGAAACUUUUCAGGUUGAUGUAGUCCAUGUUUAUUUUUGCGUUUUAUGCAUGUAAUUAGGUCACCCAUAUGAGAAAAUACUUAUCAGUGACAAAGCAUUUAAUUGUCAAGGAGGUUUUUCUUCCAGGGUGUUUGUUUCUUUCUCUCUUUGCAAAGGUGAGCAGAGAGUCAAGUGACCCAGAAUAUAUGCUCAACCUGUGUUUUAGUUAAAAACAUUUUGUGGUUUAUGGUUUUUUUUUCUGAUCUUUUGGGGUUUUUUUUUUUUUAAGUAGAGACAGUUUCACCAUGUUGGCCAGGAUGGUCUUGAUCUCCUGAUCUUGUGAUCCGCCCACUUCGGCUUCCCAAUCUUUCUCUUAUUUAUUUUUUUUUUGAGAUGGAGUCUGCCUCUGUCAGAUCUUGGCUUACCGCAAUCCUCUCAGGAUCAAGUGAUUCUCCGGCUUCAGGCUCCCAAGUAGCUGGGACUACAGGUGCAUGCCACCAUACCCAGCUAAUUUUUGUACUUUUAGUAGAGAUGGGGUUUUACCAUGUUGGCCACCUGGUCUUGAACUCCUGACCUCAAGCAUACGCCCACCUCCUCAGCCUCCCAAAGUGCUGGAAUUACAGGCUUGAGCUACUGUGCCCUUCUUAAAUGACACUGCUUUCUGUUGGAGUCCAGAGACUAAGUUUGAUACCUCCCAUUACUGGGCACCUUUGUACAUCUAUCUGUUCAUUUAAUUCAAAUAGUUACUGAGAACCUACCAGGAACCAAGCUCUGUUCUAGGGACUGGAGAUAUGGAGGUAAACAAAACAGACAUCCCAGUGAGAGGAGUAAAAUCUAAAGAAAAUCAGUUAAGUAAAAUAUAUAAUGUGGACUGUGCAUGGUGAGGCAGGUGGAUCACAAGGUCAGGCGUUCAAGAGCAGCCUGGCCAAGAGACCAGCCUGGCCAAUAUGCUGAAACCUUGUCUCUAAAUUUUGUAAAAAUACAAAAUUUAGCCCGGUGUGGUGAUGGGCACCUGUAAUCCCAGCUUCUCGGGAGGCUGAGGCAGGAGAACUGCUUGAACCUGGGAUGCGGAGGUUGCAGUGAGCUGAGAUCACGCCACUGCACUCCAGCCUAGGCAACAUAGUGAGACUCCAUCUCAAACAAAAAGAUAAAAACAAAAUUAGCCGGGCAUGGUGACAGACACCUGUAAUCCUAGCUACUUGGGAGGUUGAGGCAGGAGAAUCACUUGAACCCAGGAGUCACAGGUUGCAGUGAUCCAAGAUGAUGCCAUUGCACUCCAGCCUGGGGGACAAGAGCAAAAACUUUGUCUCAAAAACAAACAGGCUGGGUGCAGUUUCUUAAGCCUGUAAUCUCAGCACUUUGGGAGGUCAAGGCGAGCAGAUCACCUGAGGUCCAGAGUUCAAGACCAGUCUGACCAACAUGCAGAAACUCUGUCUCUACUAAAAAUACAAAAUUAGCCGGGCACGGUGACAGGUGCCUGUAAUCCCAGCUACUCGGGAGGCUGAGGUAGGAGAAUCGCUUGAACCCAGGAGGCAGAGGUUGUGGUGAGCUGAGAUCGUGCCAUUGCACUCCAGCCUGGGCAACAAGAGCAAAACGCCAUCUCAAAAAUAAGUAAGGAAGUAAGUAAAUAAAUAACAAAAACUGGCUGGGUGUAGUGGUGCAUACCUGUAGUCCCAGAUAAUUGGGAGACUGAGGUGGGAGGAUCACUUGAACCCAGGAGGCAGAGGUUGCAGUGAGCUGUGAUUGUGCCACUGCCCUCCAGCACCCUGGGUGACAGAGACAGACCCUGUCUCCAGAUAUUAGGUUGGCACAGAAGUAGUUGCAGUUUUUGCCACUGAAAGUAAUGGCAUUGAAAGUAGUGGCAAGCCGGGCGUGGUGGCUCAUGCCUGUAAUCCCAGCACUUUGGGAGGCCGAGGCAGGUGGAUCACAAGGUCAAGAGACUGAUACCAUCCUGGCCAACAUGGUGAAAACCCAUCUCUACUAAAAAUACAAAAAUUAACUGGGCAUGGUGGCACAUGCCCGUAGUUCCAGCUACUUAGGAGGCUGAAGCAGGAAAAUCACUUAAACCUAGGAGGCUGAGGUUGCAGUAAGCCGAGAUUGCUUUACUGCACUCCAGCCUGGGUGACAGCGAGAUUCCAUCUCAAAAACAAAAGAAAAAAGAAGGUAAUGGCAAAAAAAGCAAUUACAUUUGUGCCAAUCUAACAGAUACAUAGAUAUGUAGAUAAUAUGAUCAAUGAUGAUUAGUGAGAGUGAAAAAGAAAACAGAAAAGUGAACAAGGGUCUGGGUGCAGGGGUUCAUGCCUGUAAUUCCAGCACUUUGGGAGGCUGAGGUGGGCAGAUCACCUGAGGCCAGUAGUUUGAAACCAGCCCGGCCAACAUGGUAAAACCCCACUUCUAAAAACACACACAAAAAAUUAGCCUGGCAUGGUGGUGCGUGUCUGUGGUCCCAUCCGCUCAGGAGGCUAAGGGGGAAGGAUCCUUUGAACCCCAGAGGCAGAGGUGGCAGUGAGCCGAGAUCAUGCCAUUGCACUCUAGCCCCCCACCAAAAAAAAAAAAAAGAACAAGGAACAUAAGAUGAUAAGUGUGGUCUCCAAGUCUUGUUUCAUCUUCCUGUGUCCAUUAUUUUUUCCACUGUACAAGUGAGAAGGAGGUUCAGAGAGGUGGAGUAACUUUCCCAGGGACUCACAGUGUCAGCUGAGUAGGCUGAGGUGUCAGCGUCCUGGAGGGACCCAUCCUGCAAUCGCUCUUGGCUGUGUUUCUACCCAGCGCCUAGGAUGGAGGUGGAAACACCAAGAGCAUCAAACUUGCUCCUAAGGGCUUAAGACCUGGCAAGCAGGUAGGUCAACCCCUGUGAUCAGAGGCCACCAAAAGCCCUUGCAGUGCAUCCAUGAGGUGUCCAGGGCAGAUGCUGAGGAAUCACUAUGGGAAAAGCAGGUGCAGAGGCUGGAGUGGAGGCUCAGGCUGAUGAAUCAAUUCCAGAGAUCAGGAGCAGAAGGCAAAGGCUUCCUAGGAUUUUCUGAGACUGUUGGUAGCUCCCAGGCCCACCAGUCCUGGCUCUACUCCCAUUGUGGGUUCUGCUUCCUGACCCCUUCAGCUCUCUUGUCUCCAGCCCCUACGCCUUCAGGCAGGGAAACCCAACGAGGGAAGUUGCCUAGUAAUUAGCCACAGCCUGGCACUGAGGAAGUGACUGUCACAUGCAAACAGAGGCCCCCCUCCUUCACCUGGCCUCAGGAGCUUGAGGUGCCUCCCAGACUGCUGGGUCGUGCCAGUGGAGGACGCAGGGGAAAUGUAUUCAGGCAUAGCUGCCAGCCAUGAAGGCUGGUCCCCAUGACUCAGUUUCUGUGCAGCAGAUGUCAUGAACAAGGGCGGCAGUGUGGAACAGGGUGGGUGAGAGUCUGGACUUUGGAGCCAGAAAGAUGUUCCCUGCCUUCCCCAAGCACACCAACAUACUUUUUACACCUCUAAGAACCUAGUGCAGCCUCCCAGGUUCAAGCAGUUCUCCUGUUUCAGCCUCCCAGGUAGCUGGAACUACAAGCACAUGGGCUAUGCCUGGCUAAUUUUUUGUAUUUAUUUAUUUAUUUUUGAGACGGAGUUUCGCUCUUGUUACCCAGUCUGGAGUGCAAUGGCGCGAUCUCGGCUCACCACAACCUCCGCCUCCUGGGUUCAGGCAAUUCUCCUGCCUCAGCCUCCCGAGUAGCUGGGAUUACAGGCACGCGCCACCAUGCCCAGCUAAUUUUUUGUAUUUUUAGUAGAGACGGGGUGUCACCAUGUUGACCAGGAUGGUCUUGAUCUCUUGACCUCGUGAUCCACCCACCUCGGCCUCCCAAAGUGCUGGGAUUACAGGCAUGAGCCAUUGCACCUGGACCCUCUGGUAACUCUCAUGCAACCCCAUUUUACAGAUGAGAAAAUUGAGACUCAAGUUUAGGCACUCUGUCCAAGGUCAUGCAGCUGCAUACAUUUAGGAAUUUCGGAUGUUCAUUUAUGUAAACACGUCUGCUUUAGCAGUGCCUCUUCCAUGAGGUAAUGCAUGUAAAAGCUUUUUUGUAGUAGAGCCAUAUAAACACGAAGCAUUGUUACUCAUUUUGCUGGACUCCAGUUCAGCCUAGGGAGUCCAGGAAGGCUGGGGGCGGGAGGCAGUAAUUAAAGUCUAAAGGUCCAAUGGCCUCUCAAAAUUCCCUAUUCUGGUUCCCUCUCUGAGGCACCUCCAGAUUUUAUCUUCUACCAAAUAGAGUUUGUUUCUCAGAAGUUGCAGGAUGUGGGCGGUUAGAAAAAAAGUCAGCAGUAUCAACAACUACAAAACCCCCAGCAGCAGCCUAAACACAAAAGAGUUUGAAUUUUGAACCAAGGGCAGGGUGAGACCUGAAAGUAAAUGCUGACACAUCCUCUUCCCCAGCUGUGAACUGGGGGUCUGAGGGCUGCAGCAAAGGUCAUCUGUCUCUACAUCUUUAGGCAGGAAGUGCAAUUCAAUCCUCCCAGUGACUGAUCACUUUGCAAGAUUAAUGGAAUCCUCUCCAACACUGGUCUCUAUUCCAACAGCACAGGCAGUGAAUCAACCUCUCUUACUCAGCAAGGUCAGCGGAUUCCCAGUUUUAAAAGUUCAAAACUUUUCUCCAGGAACUCUGUCCCUCACUAUUCCUUUGUGGGGCAAAAUUCUGCAUUCUAGUCUAAGACUGAAAGGUGGAAUUGGAAAGUCUGAGAACUUUUCUAGGCUUUUCAUCUGUUGCUACUUCAACUUUCAAAUAAAAUAAAUUCGAAAGGCCUGGUUUUCCCUGAAAGGGUUAACUGCCAGCCCACUAAGCCAUCCUCGGGGGAUAAUCAACCAAUGACAAUUGAGUAUGAUGGAAGUAAUGCUUGGAUUUUUAUGUUCAUUGGUUAGUGCCAUCAAUCCAGAGACUUUUUUUUUUUUUUUUUUUUUUUUGAGAUGGAGUCUCGCUCUUGCCCAGGCUGGAGUGCAGUGGCAGUGUCAAAAUCUCAGCUCACUGCAACCUCCACCUCCUGGGCUCAAGUGAUCCUCCUGCCUCAGCCCCCCUAGUAGCUGGGAUUACAGGCAAGUGCUACCAUGCCCAGCUAAUUUUUGUAUUUUUAGUAGAGAUGGGGUUUCCCUGUGUUGGCCAGGCUGGUCUCAAACUCUUGUUCUUAGGUGAUCCACCUGUCUUGGCCUCCCAGAGUGCUGGGAUUACAGGUAUGAAUCACUGCACCUGGCCCAAAUAAACUUUUUUUUUUUUUUUUUUUGAGAGGGAGUUUCCCCUCUCACUGGGUGCGGUGGCUCACACCUGUAAUCCCUGCACUUUGGGAGGCUGAGGUGGGCGGAUCAUGAGGUCAGGGGUUCAAGACCAGCCUGACCAAUAUGGGGAAACCCCAUCGCUAUUUAAAAAAAAAAAAAAAGCCCAGCACGGUGGCUCACACCUGUAAUCCCAGUACUUUGGGAAGCCAAGGCAGGUAGAUCAUUUGAGGUCAGGAGUUCGAGACCAACUUGGCCAACAUGGCAAAACCCUGUGUCUACUAAAAACACAAAAGUGAGCUGAUUGUGGUGGCGGGCACCUGUAAUCCCAGCAACUUGGAAGGCUGAGACAGGAGAAUUGCUUGAACCUGGGAGGUGGAGGUUACAGUGAGCCAAGAUUGGGCCACUGCACUCUAGCCUGGGCAACAGAUCAACCUCUGUCUCAAAAUAAAAUAAAAUAAGAAUUCUAGAUAGAAACUAAACUUUUCCCCAAAUGGUCAAGGCCUGAAAGUCUAUAUGCAUACAUUUUGGUUGUCUUUAGUCCUUUUUUUUCUAAGACAGAGUUUUGCUCAUUUCCCAGGCUGGAGUGCAAUGGCAGGAUCUUGGCUCACUGCAGCCUCCACCUCCCAGGUUCAAGUGAUUUCCUGCCCCAGUCUCGUGAGUAGCUAGGUAUGUGCCACCAUACCUGGCUAACUUUAUAUUUUUAAUAGAGAUGGGGUUUCUCCAUGUUGGUCAGGCCUCCAACUCCCAACCUCAGGUGAUCCACCUGCCUCGGCCUCCCAAAGUGCUGGGAUUACAAGGCUGAGCCACCGCGCCUGGCCUUCCUUAGUCCUUUUACUCAAUCCACAAAAGACUGAGGAGUAAAAAGACAAGGUCUUUGGGGACCCCAAUCAUUUUAACAGAAAUAAUAUGUGUCUGUUGCCCUCCCAGAUUAAAACAAGUAAGAAUGUUUGUUUCAAAUUGCAAAGGUCAUACAAAUACGGCAAAAUCUCAAUCAUUUGGCAACACUUGAUUCUAGAUGCACAAGUCUUUAUUUAUUUAUUCAUUUCUUUUUGAGAGAGAGUCUUACUCUGUCAUCCAGGCUGGAGUGCAGUGGCACAGUCUCAGCUCACUACAACCUCUGCCUCCUGAGUUCAAGCAAUUCUCCUGCCUCAGCCUCCUGAGUAGCUGGGAUCACAGGUGUGCGCCACCACACCCAGCUAACUUUUGUAUUUUUAGCAGAGACAGGGCUUUGCCAUGUUGGCCAGGCUGUUCUGGAAUGUCUGGCCUCAGGUGAUCUGGCUGCCUUGGCCUUCCAAAGCGUUAGGAUUAUGGGCAUGAUCCACCUCGCUGGGCCUUAUUUAUUUUAUAUACCUUUCAUUAUGUUUGAAAUAUUUAGCUGGGUGUGGAGGCUCACGCCUGUAAUCCCAGCACUUUGGGAGGCCGAGGCGGGCGGAUCACGAGGUCAAGAGAUCGAGCCCAUCCUGGCCAUGGUGAAACCUCAUCUCUACUAAAAAUAGAAAAAUUAGCCAGGUGUGGUGGCAUGUGCCUGUGGUCCCAGCUACUCUGGAGGCUGAGGUGGAAGAAUCGCUUGAACCCAGGCGGAGGUUGCAGUGAGCCGAGAUUGCACCACUGCACUCCAGCCUGGCGACAGAGUAACUCUGUCUCAAAAAAAAAAAAAAAAAAGAAAUAUUUAAUAAAUGUAAAAGGUCACAAUGGUCAUUAAAGAUGUAAAUAAUAUAUAAAUAUAACCCUCUUAAAAUUUUCUUUCCUCCUGAGAGGGGAUCAAAGAUAAUGGUUUGCCAUGCCAUUCGAAGCUUUUCUUUUCUUUUUUUUUUUUUUUGAGACAGUCUUGCUCUGUUGCCUAGGCUGGAGUACAACGGCACAAUCUUGGCUCACUGCAACCUCCACCUCCAUGGUUCAAGCAAUUCUCCUGCCUUAGCCUCCCAAGUAGCUGGGAUUACAGGUGCCUGCCACCAUGCCCAGCUAAUUUUUGAAUUUUUAGUAGAGACAGUGUUUCAUCAUGUUGGCCAGGCUGGUCUAGAACUCCUGACUUCAGGUGAUCCACCCACCUCAGCCUCCCAAAGUGCUGGGAUUACAAGUGUGAGCCACCAUGCCCGGCCUUGUGUUCUUUUUUUGAGAUGGAGUCUCCCGUUGCACAGGCUGGAGUGCAAUGGUGAGAUCUCUGCUCAGUGCAGAGAUCCACCUCCCACCUCCCAGGUUCAAGCAAUUCUCCUUCCUCAGCCUCCAAGUAGGUAGGAUUACAGGCGUCUGCCACCACACCAGGCUAAUUUUUGUAUUUUUAGUAGAGAUGGGUUUUCGUCAUGUUUGCCAUGCUGGUCUCGAACUCCUGACCUCAGGUAAUCCACUCUCCUCUACCUCCCAAGUGCUAGGAUUUCAGACAUGAGCCAGUGCACCUGACCUUAAAACCUUUUUGAAAGGGGGCACACAUAUGUGCACAAAUAUUACUAUAUAUAGCUUUUUUUUUUUUUUUUUAGAUGGAGUUUUGCUCUUGUUACCCAGGCUGGAGUGCAAUGGCGCGAUCUCGGCUCACCGCAUCCUCGCCCCCUGGGUUCAGGCAAUUCUCCUGCCUCAGCCUCCCAAGUAGCUGGGAUUACAGGCACGCGCCACCAUGCACAGCUAAUUUUUUGUAUUUUUAGUAGAUACAGGGUUUCACCAUGUUGACCAGGACGGUCUUGAUCUCUUGACCUCGUGAUCCACCCGCCUCGGCCUCCCAAAGUGCUGGGAUUACAGGCUUGAGCCAUUGCGCCCGGCCGCUUUUUUUUUUUUUUUUGAGACAGAGUCUCACUGUGUUGCCAGGUGGUAGUGCAGUGGCAGGAUCUCGGCUCACUGCAACCUCCGCCUCCUGGGUUCAAGUGAUUCUCCUGCCUCAGCCUCCUGAGUAGCUGGGACUACAGACACAUGCCACCACACCCAGAUUAUUUUUUUUCCUUUUUGAGAUGGAGUUUCGCUCUUGUCACCUAGGCUAGAGUGCAAUGGCGCAAUCUCGGUUCAUUGCAACCUCUGCCUCCCGGGUUCAGGCGAUUCUCCUGUCUUGGUCUCCAGAUUAGCUGGGAUUACAGGCGUGUGCCAAUACACAUGCCUAAUUUUUAAUAUUUUUAGUAGAGACAGGGUUUCACCAUGUUGGCCAGGCUUGUCUGGAACUCCUGACCUCAGGUGAUCCGCCUUGCCUCGGCCUCCCAAAAAGUUGGGAUUCUAGGUGUGAGCCACCAUGCCUGGCCUAAAUAAUACUUAGAAUGGCAGUUCUACAGACAACACAUGGAAGGGGGUCCAAGAUUAUAGUCAGUGAAAAGCAAGAUGGGAGACUGUGUAUAUAUUUCUUUUCUUUUCUUUUUUUUUUUUUUUGAGAUGGAGCCUUGCUCUGUUACUCAGGCUGGAGAGUAGUGUCAUGAUCAUGGCUCACUGCAACGUCUGCCUCGCAGGUUCAAGUGAUUUUUCUGCCUCAGCCUCCCGAGUAGCUGGGAUUACUGUGGUGUGCCACCACAUCUGGCUAAUUUUUGUAUUUUUAGUAGAGAUGGGGUUUCACCAUGUUAGCCAGGGUGGUCUUGAACUCCUGACCUCAAGUGAUCCACCCACCUCACUUUUCCAAAGUGGUGGGAUUACAGGGGUGAGCCACAGCACCUAGCUGGUGUGUAUAUUUCUGUGAUAUAAUAAUACAAGAAAAUACGGCUCAUGUCUGUAAUCGCGGGACUUUGGGAGACAGGCAGGUGGAUCACCUAAGCUCAGAAAUUUGAGACCAGCCUGGCCAACACAGCGAAACACUGUCUCUACUAAAAAUAUGAAAAUGAGCUGUAUGUGGUGGCAUGCACCUGUAGUCUCAGAACUCAGGAGGCUAAGGCAGGAGAAUCAAUUGAACUUUGGAGGUGGAGAUUGCAGUGAGCCGAGAUCAUGUCCCUGCACUCCAGCCUGGGUGACAGAGCGUGACUCCAUCUCAAGAAAAGAAAAGAAGGCCCGGCACGGUGGCUCACGCCUGUAAUCUUAGCACUUUGGGAGGCUGAGGUGGGUGGAUCACCUGAGGUCAGGAGUUCAAGACCAGCUUGGCCAUGAGGGUGAAACCCCAUCUUUAAAAAAUAAAUAAAUAAAUAAAAUAAAAAUAAAUUAAGCCGGGCACGGUGGCUCACGUCUGUAAUCCAGCACUUUGGGAGGCUGAGGCGGGUGGAUUACGAGAUCAAGAGAUCGAGACCAUCCUGGUCAACAUGGUGAAACCCCGUCUCUACUAAAAAUACAAAAAAUUAGCUGGGCACGGUGGUGCGUGCCUGUAAUCCCAGCUACUCAGGAGGCUGAGGCAGGAGAAUUGCCUGAACCCAGGAGGUGGAGGUUGCGAUGAGCCGAGAUCGUGCCAUUGCACUCCAGCCUGGGUAACAAGACUGAAACUCUGUCUCAAAAAAAUAAAAUAAUAAAAUGAAAUGAAAAAAUAAUAUAAAAAUAAAUAAAUAAAAUAAAAAUCUAUAAAAUAUAAAAUAAUAUAUAAAAUAUAAAAUAAAAAUAGUAAAAUAAUAAGAUAAAAUAUAAAAAAAGAAAAGAAAAAAGAAAAAUGCGGAUCACGUUGGCUCAUGCCUAUAAUCCUUGGCACUUUGGGAGGCCAAGGCGGGCGGAUCACGAGGUUAGUUUACGACCAGCCUGGCCAAAAUGGUGAAACCCCAUGUCUACUAAAAAUACAAAAAUUGGGAGCAGGAACCCGCAACCAGGAACAGAGCCCUUUACUCCUCCCUCAGAAUAAAUGGAGACCAGAAAUCAGAUGUUUAUGCCCAAGAAAAGCAGGAUUUCGUUCAGCACUUCUCCUGGAUCGUUAGGGUGCUGACUGAGGAUGAGAUGGGGCACCCAGAGACAGGAGAUGCUAUUGCCCGGCUCAAGGAGGUCCUGGAGUACACCACCAUUGGAGGCAAGUAUCACCGGGGUCUGACGGUGCUAGUAGCGUUCCGGGAGCUGGUGGAGCCAAGGAAACAGGAUGCUGAUAGUCUCCAGCGGGCCCUGACUGUGGGCUGGUGUGUGGAACUGCUGCAAGCUUUCUUCCUGGUGACAGAUGACAUCAUGGAUUCAUCCCUCACCCGCCGGGGACAGAUAUGCUGGUAUCAGAAGCCAGGUGUGGGUCUGGAUGCCAUCAAUGACGCUGUCCUUCUGGAAGCAUGUGUCUACCGCCUGCUGAAGCUCUACUGCCGGGAGCAGCCCUAUUACCUGAACCUGCUCGAGCUCUUCCUGCAGAGUUCCUAUCAGACUGAGAUUGGGCAGACCCUGGACCUCAUCACAGCCCCUCAAGACAAUGUGGAUCUUGACAGAUUCACUGAAAAGAGGUACAAAUCCAUUGUCAAGUACAAGACGGCUUUCUACUCCUUCUACCUUCCUGUAGCUGCAGCCAUGUACAUGGCAGGAAUUGAUGGUGAGAAGGAGCAUGCCAAUGCCAAGAAGAUUCUGCUGGAGAUGGGAGAGUUCUUUCAGAUUCAGGAUGAUUACCUUGACCUCUUUGGGGACCCCAGUGUGACUGGCAAAGUUGGCACUGACAUCCAGGACAACAAAUGCAGCUGGCUGGUGGUCCAGUGUCUGCAGCGGUCCACUCUGGAACAGCGCCAGAUCCUGAAGGAAAAUUACGGGCAGAAGGAGGCUGAGAAGGUGGCCAGAGUGAAGGCAUUAUAUGAGGAGCUGGAUCUGCCGGCUGUGUUCUCGAAGUAUGAGGAAGACAGUUACAACCACAUUAUGGCUCUGAUUGAACAGUACGCAGCACCCCUGCCCCCAGCUAUCUUUCUGGGGCUUGCGCGCAAAAUCUACAAGCGGAAAAAGUGACCUAGAGACUGCAAGGGCGGAGAGAAGGCUCUCAAUAAAUAAAUUAUUGUGUAAAAAACAAACAAACAAACAAAAAAACAAAAAUUAGUCAUGGGUGGUGGUGGGUGCUGUAAUCACAGCUACUCGGGAAGCUGAGGCAGAGAAUUGCUUGAACCUGGGAGGCAGAGUUUGCAGUGAGUUGAAAUCACACCACUGCAUCCGAGCCUGGGUGACAGAGCGAGACUCAGUCUCAAAAACAAACAAAAAAAAAAGUGGAAUAUUUUAUAAAUACAAUAGAAUUUGAAAAAUAUUUAACUAUGCUUAAAAACAGUCUCAGAUGCCCAACAGGUAGAUUAAGAAAGUCUCUAAUAUCUCUGUUUACAUUCCUUUCCUGAGUGGUCUUUUCCAGCAUUAUGUGUUAAUCAUUCCUUGCUUUUAUUCCUGUUUUGGGACUUUUGUCCCCCGACCCCCCAAAAAAAGAAUGUAUGUAGAUACAGAUAUAUCCCUUUUGGUCUACCUAAGUGGUCAGCACGAUUUAGUUUUAUUUUAGUAUUCGUGCAUCUUGUUUUGUUUUGUUUGUUGUGUUUUGGAGACAGAGUCUCAGGAUGUCACCCAGGCUGGAGAGCAGUGGCAUGAUCUCGGUUCACCGUAAUCUCCACCUCCUGGGUUCAAGCCAUUCUCCUGCAUCAGCCUCCUGAGUAGCUGGGACCACAGGGGUGUGCCACCAUGGCUGCCUAAUUUUUGUAUGUUUAGUAGAGAUGGGGUUUCACCAUGUUGCCCAGGCUGGUCUUGAACUCCUGAGCUCAGGUGAUCUGCCUGCCUCGGUCUCCCAAACUGCUGGGAUUACAGGCAUGAGCCACUGUGCCUGGCUUCAGUCCUGAGUUUUGAGAAUAUUCCUAUGUCCUUGUGUAAAGCUCCUUUGAAUCCUUGCCAAAACUCUAUGAGGGAGGGGUUGUAAUUCCCCACUUUUAUGGCUGAGACUCAAAGAGAGGUCAAGUUGCGUGGCCAAAUUUUACGGCUAUGAAAUAAUGAUAGUAUUUGAACCCAGAGCUUAUAGGAAUCCAGGACCCACAUGGUUGCCCACUUUGCUAAGCCUCCCUUCAGGGCUGUCCCAUGGAAGAUGCUAGAGAUAUUCUCUCUUUUUUUUUUUUUUGAAACGGAAUCUCCCUGUCGCCCAGGCUUGAGUGCAGAGGUACAAUCUUGGCUCACUGCAUUGUCCGUCUCCUAGGUUCAAGCAAUUCUCCUGCCUCAGCCUCCCAAGUAGCUGAGACUACCAAUGCACACCACCACAUCCAGCUAAUUUAUUUAUUUUUUUGAGAUGGAGUUUCACUGUUGUUACGCAGGCUGGAGUGCAAUGGCACGAUCUCGGCUCACUGCAACCUCCGCCUCCUGGGUUCAAGCAAUUCUUCUGCCUCAGCCUCCCAAGUAGCUGGAACUACAGGUGCAUACCACCAUGCCCAGCUAAUUUUUUGUAUUUUUUAGUAGAGACGGGGUUUCAACUUGUGACUAGGAUGGUCUCGAUCUCUUGACCUCGUGAUCCACCCGCCUUGGCCUCCCAAAGUGCUGGGAUAAUAGGCGUGAGCCACUGCCCCUGGCCUUAAUUUUUGUAUUUUUAAUACAGACGGGGAUUUCACCAUGUUGGCCAAGCUGGUCUUGAACUCCUGACCUUAGGUGAUCCACCUGCCUCAGCCUCCCAAAGUGCUGGGAUUACAGACGUGACCCAAGGCGCUCCGCCAAUGAUUGUAUAUCUGUACCAUUUGUUGCUGUCACUUCUAGCCCCUUCAAAUGUAGGUACUGGGGUUAAGGAGCUGAAUUUUUUUUUUUUUUAAAGACGCGGUUUCACCAUGUUGGUCAGGCUGGUCUUGAACUCCCAGCCUCAGGUGAUCUGCCUGCCUUGGCCUCCAAAGUGCCUGGAUUAUAGGUGUGAGCCACCACGCCCGGCAAGGAGCUGAAUUUUACAUUUAUUUUAAUUAAAUUGAAGUAGCUGUACGUAUGUAGCCUAGUGUAUCACAUCAGCCAGCGUAGCCUUAGAGUGCUUUCUAGAAUUUGUUUUAACUCACUACCAGGCUACAUAUACCUAAAGGGCUGAUUUGAUGCAAGCUCCCCCUAAUCAACCUUUCACAAACAUUUGUGGAAUGAGUGAAGGGUCCAUGGGGUAAGGGGGCCAAGGACAUCAGCAGAGGUUUCCCGGAAGAGGCCAUCUGGUUCCAGUGUGAAUGCUUGCAGUGUUAGCCCUUCAACCAGUCUCUCUGAGUGCCUGCCAAGAGCAUGGCACUGCGUAGACUCCUGGGGAUACCAGUUGGAUAUGAGGUUGUCCCACCUCAGAUUUUACAAAUAGACUUCUCAAGGACAAAUAAUUGGUAAUAGGGUAGGAAUCUGACACGUGGAUGAGCACUUUCAGAUAUAUAUCCUACUGACAGUCAAGCACAAAGCGCAAUCCCAUAUAGCUCUGUUCGAAAUAGAAAAAGCCUGGGGCUGGGUGCGGUGACUCAUACCUGUAAUCCCAGCACAGCACUUUAGGAGGCCCAGGCAGGUCGAUCACCUGAGGUCAGGAGUUCGAGACCAGCGUGACUAACAUGGUGAAACCCUAUCUCUACUAAAAAUACAAAGUUAGCCGGGUAUGGUGGCGAAUGCCUGUAAUCCCAGCUACUCAGGAGGCUGAGGCAGGAGAAGCGCUUGAACCUGGGAGGCAGAGGUUGCAAUGAGCCGAGAUUAUGCCAUUGCAUUCCAGCCUGGGCAACAAGAGCAAAACUCUGCCUCAAAAACAAAAAACAAGCAAAAAAAAAAAAAAAAAAUAGAAAAAAGUUGAAUACCA